CGUACGUACGUACCUAUAGCAACUCAACAUUGAAGUGGUUUAUUCAAAUGGCAGAAGAGAGGCCUUCACAAGUACAGCCAGCGGCCAAAGACCCUGUAUUUUUAUUAAUGGUGUCAGGACAGAUUGAGUCUGCUGAGUUCCCCGAGUAUGAUGACCUGUACUGCAACUACUCGUUUGUGUCUGGACAAGAUUGGGCAGUUGUCUCAGGGUUGUGUGAAGGUAUAACACAAUCUACAAGGAGGAGUAGUGGACCUAAUAAGCACUUUGUUUGGAACUUUCCUAUAGAUGUUACCUUCAAAAGCACUAAUCCAUUCGGAUGGCCCCAGAUUGUUGUGAGUGUAUACGGAGUGAACAGUCUAGGGCGGGAUGAAGUCAGAGGUUAUGGCUGUAUCCACCUACCUAUCACGCCAGGCCAGCACAAGUUAAAGCUACCGAUGUUCGUCCCUGCAUCAGAGAGUCACGUUUCAAAAUUUAUAGCGUGGAUUUUUGGACGAAGCCCAGAAUUCAUAGAUCCAAAGUUCAUUUCACAAGGAGAAGGAAGAGAAUUGACAAAGACUAAAUCACAGGGGCAUGUGACUGUGAGCAUCAAUGUUGUUACAAAAGAUCUGUGGAAGCAAGGAUUCAGAAGUGGAGCAAAUGAGCCUCGACCUACCAUAACAAAUAGCAGUAAACAAAGUAGAACAGUACAGUUAUAAUUAAAUGUUGUAAUAAUAAUUAUCAAGAAAGAAAAAAGAAAAUUAAAACGACCCCGAAGGGAUUCGAACCCUCAA